AAGUACAAUCGGAGAUAAUACAUAAUCUUAUCAUCGUAGAUUGAACAAAUAAGAUCUAUUUCGUGUAUAAAAGACAGCAACAAGAAUUGCAAAGCAUCAGUUUUUGGGGAAUCAUAAGUAGAAGUACCACAAUUCUUCAAAGAUGAAGUUCGCAUUAGUAGUAUUGUUAGCCUUUGCGGCUACAGCCUCUGCCAAGAUUGAGAUCCCCAAUAUCGGCAGAGGUGAGCUCGGCAAGGAAAUCCAAGAGUUCUUGGACCUCAUCCCUGUAGAAAAAGUAAUCGAAAUCACUCUUCAGUACUAUGCUCAAGAUGCGGACUUCCAGAAAAUGAUCCAAUACUUCCAAUCCGAAGGAUUCAAACAGCUGGUCAAAGAUGUAGAAGCUCUGUCUGAGAUUAAAGUUUUGAUGGAUUACAUCCAUAAUGCCGGCAUCGACAUUUACAAAAUCGUGAAUAUAUUGAACAGUGCUCUUGGACUUCCUGCUCUCACCCCGCCAUCCUAUUACAUCGGCACACAGAUCACCGGUGGAAUUAAGGGAUACGUCCAAGACAUCUUGGCCGUUUUGCCUAAGCAGCAGCUUCAGGAUUUGUACAAAAAGAAACUGGAGACCUCUAAGGUUUUCGCCGAUUUCAUCGCACAAUUGGAAUCCGAGAACUUCCAACAGAUCGUCAACAAGGUUUACGCUCAUCCUAAAUUCCAAGAGCUCUUGACGCACGCCAGAAGUGCCGGCAUUGAUCUCGAACUCAUCAAGAAUUUGCUGGAGGUUCUCUGGGGUAUCCGAAUUCCUACUUACUAAUUGCUGGAUAAACAUCAAGGCUACCGUGAAAAGUGAAUUCUUUUUUUUAUUACACACGCUAGUAGGAUUUUCAAAAAGACAUGUCAUCUCAUAAGUAUUAUGAACAAUCCGGACACAUAAUCCUGCGUAAUCUUUUUGUGUAUUUCACUUGUGUAAAAUAAUAAAUAAGAGGCUUGUUAUACAU